AAUGGGUCAGUCGAGUCGCAGCAUCACAGUCCAAUCUGAGCAUCAACCAUCUUAGGUUUGAAGUGUUCCAAGAACAAAAUAUAAAAAUGAAAUUGUUCGUGAUCGCUGCCCUCGUCGCCGUGGCCGCUGCUGGUCGUCUGGAACACCUGGAACGCUCCUACCUUCCUCCCGACAACUCCAUCGGAGUCGCGAGGUCGUCCUUCGGCUCCAACGGAGGCUUUGGCUCCGGCUCCGGCUCCCACGGAUCUUUCGGAUCUAACUCUGGUGCCUUCGGCGCUGCUGGAGCAGGUCUGCAAGGCCGUAACGCUGGUGCUCGCUACUCUGGUGCCACCUCCAACCAGUACCUGCCUCCUAACCAUGGACCUUCUGGUGCUCAGGGUGCUCCUCAGUUCGCUGGCUCUUUAACUGGUUUCGGUGGCCAGAACUUCCGUAGCCAGCAGCAAUACAGUGGUCACGGCGCUGGUCAUGGUGCUGCCCAUGGUGUUGCUCAGCAGUACUCCGCUCCCAGCUCCCACUUUGGAUCUCAGGGUUCCUUUGGAUCUCAGGGCUCCUUCGGUGCCAACUACCAGAGCCAGUACUCCCAGCAGUCUGCCGCCACCAGCCGUCAGUACCUGGCUCCUCACUCCGGCUCCUACCAGAACCCUCCCCAACAAGCCUUCGACGAACAAACCGGAUACCACUACUAAGAAGCACCGUGUAAUGGUUUUAGUCAAUUGAAACGGUUGUAUGUAUAAUAAUAAAUAGCUGUAUAUAUUA